AUGGCGUCCAACACCACCACAAGCGAUAGCCCUGAGGCAACAGCUUCGACUACAGGACUUCAAGUCCUGAAUAAUCAAACUAAUCACGCUCAGCAAGUUUCUGAAACUCAUCAGAAUACCCAGGUUGCUCAGGCUCAUCAGUCUCAAGAACAUCCUCCCGCUCCUUCGGAACCCACUGAUCAUGUCAAUGAACCCGUCGCUGACAUCCCCAACCAACAGUACAAUGUUCAAAAUCUCAUCGCCGGCUAUUCUAGCAUGCAGGCAGCUGCCAAUUUAUCCUUGCCCCAGCAGCCUCCCCAUCAGGAUAUCAUGCAGCAGUCAAAUGUCUUUCCUCAGCAGUCUACCGACCCGAACUUCGUUCAGCAUACAUAUGCAUACCCCUCUCAGCAGGCUCUCCAGUAUGCUUCUCACGCUGGCCAACAGCAGUAUCCUCAGAUGGGGCAGCAAUUUCUAGCUCAUUCGGCAUUUCCCUGCAACCCGCAGUUCGGGAACCCCUAUCUCUCUCAGCAAAACUUCCAGCAGAGUUCACAACUUCAGGCUCAUCCGCACCAAUAUGCUUCCAUUCAAGACCCACGAGCCGGAAUACCGUCUCAGCCUCAGUCUACUCGGGGUGUGCCCCUCAACACUCCUGGAGGUGGAAGUUCCUUAGUCAUGCAGCAACCUCAGCAGCCUGGACUUCCCGCUCAGCAGGUAGCUCGAGCAGCCUCAUCGCAUCCGAUUUGUCAUGAAGUCGGUUUCAAGAAUCUCCUUGAAGAUCAGGAUGUCGUUGAAACCCGAGCGGCUGAUGAGUGUGUUUCUGAACACAGCCAGCUCGUCAUCAAAGAGAAGAUGUGGCUGCACGAUCUCAUCAAGUUGUACGAAUACGUCCAGCGGAAGGGUGAUGUCUAUCUCCCUGCUGAUGAGACCUACAAGCACUUCUGGAUUGCCGUCUUCAACAACUGGAAUUCCAAGAUGCCAGUUUCCGAGAGUGACCCUCUGCCUCCUCGUGACAAGCCAAACAUUCAGUACCAGGUCGGCUACUUCUCUACCGAUGCCUCCAGCAAUCAACCAGCAAAUGGACGCCGAAGCACCAAGGCUCGCAAGGGUAACGCGAUUCCUAUCUAUCUUUCACUCGACCUUGACGCAGAUGGCAUUACCUGGCUUUACAAAGACAAGGCUGGACAAAGAGUCUUUAAAUCUCAGGUAAAGCUCUUAAUCGGGCUAUCUGAAGCCCAGGCCAAGCACAAUUUCUUGACCCAUUUCGACAUUUCUGAGAAGAACAAAGUCUGUGGGCAUAAUCUGCAACUCAUCGUUGAGGCUGCUCGACGACGAAUUCAGAAAUGGGCCAUUGCAGGUGCUGGAGCCCCUAUUCAGCUUGGGGUUGAGUGCCGGGCCCCCAAUUUGUUGAGACUGGUUCUCGCGUCCGAACACUUUAGACACCAGCAUAUGAAGAACUGCGCUAUCGCUGAUCUCGAGGCCCUGCGACCCAAGGCGGGUUAUGGAGAUCGAAAGAUUUGA